AUGUCAUUUAGCACCAUUUUACUUUUCGCACUCGCACUCGCGGGCGGUACCCUGGCCUUCAGACUCAUCUCUCUCAGUCGCCGAUGUGCAUUCAAAGGCGACCCAUCGAUGUGUUUGCCACCCGGGCCACCAUCACUUCCCCUCAUUGGAAACGCACUCGACAUCAGUGCAAAGAAUCCAGGACAGAGCUUCGCGGACCUGGCGAAAAAAUAUGGUGACAUCGUCUGCCUCCACAUCUUCGGCGAAACUGUCCUUGUCAUAAACUCGCUUUCCAUCGCAAAGGACCUCCUCGAGAAGCGCUCGCGGAUAUACUCUGGUCGCCCGCAGUAUGCCACGUACAAGUCUUAUGGCGCGGAUUUGAUCACGCCGUUCCUCGACUAUGGCGAUCCGUGGCGACUCCAUCGCCGGCUGUUUAACCAGACGAUGCGGCAGGACAUGAUCGAGUCGUUCAGGCCCGCACAGAAGCGGAGCGUGCAGCAGCUGUUGAGUAAUCUGAGUUCGUCUCCUAAAGCCUGGGAUGAGCAUGCGUACACGUUUGCGAGCGGUGCAAUCUUGUCCACGACGUACGAUUACAAUGUCCAACCGCGCGCGGAUCCACUCGUGCAGGUGUUCACCAGCACCCUGGACAGCUUCACAUUCCUGUUUUCUCCAGUGACACCUAUUAUUCUUAGCGUUAUGCCAUUCCUCAAGUUGAUGCCACCGUCACUCCCGGGUGGAAUCCUCAAUGCGAAGGCAUUCAGGACAGCAAUGCAGGAGAUGAUCAACAUGCCGUUCAACAUUCUGAGAGCGCGAAAGGACGCAGGCAAGAGUGCAUCCUGCAUCGCCACAACGCCUGUACCGCGCACCACUAUGACGCCAGCCGAGGUCGACUUCCACUUCAAAGGAUUUUGCACCAGUGUGUUUGGCGGUGGGGCAGGAACUACCUCGGAAACGCUGCGCAUCUUCGUGCUGUUGAUGGUCCAGAACCUACAUGUCCAAGUCCGAGCGACGCGGGAGAUAGACGCCGUGGUCGGGAGAGACAGGCUUCCCGACUUUGAGGAUCGUGAGGCUAUGCCCUACGUCGAAGCGGUUGCUCGGGAAGUGAUGCGGUGGCAGCCUGUCGCGCCCCUGGGUGUUCCACACAGCAGCACAGAGGACGACACCUAUGGCGGAUAUUUUAUCCCAAAAGGUAGCGUCAUUAUCCCCAACAUCAGAGAGAUGUCGCACGACCCCACCAAGUACCCCCGCCCAGACGAUUUCCUCCCCGAGCGCUUCCUCGCCGCGGACGGCACGCUCAAAGACAGCGACGAAACUGACCUGAGCUUUAUUUUUGGCUUCGGGCGUCGCGUCUGCCCCGGCAGGCACUUCGCGAACGCAUCGCUGUGGAUCGCGAUCGCGAACCUGCUCGCCGUGUUCGAGUUCCGCCAGCCGAAGAAUGAUAAAGCAGAGGAGGUGCCCGUUGUUCCAGAGUGGACGUACGGGUUGACGUCGUAA